AUGAUCCAAAAGUAUAAAAAUAUUCUAAAAGAGUUAUCAGAAAUUGAAUCAUCUAUGUAUAGUUUAGAAACGCAUGUAUCAGUUUUAUAUCAAUCUUAUGAUGAUAAUGAGAGUUACAAAAAAAAUUUUAAGAAAUUAAUUGGUUAUUUUAAGGAAAUUCAUAAUGAAUUAUCGGAUCAUAUAAUGAGUCAUUGGAUUGAUAACUAUUUUUUUUAA